CUCUCUUGCGACAGGCAUCGCGAUACUACUGAUAAGACGCAAAUAAGCAGGGACUCAAGGGCACCUUGUCUUGCUCCUGGCCUCAACAAUCGUCUCUGAAAUAUCCAUCACAGUCACUUCACUACUGCUACCCAGAGAAUGCUCGCAGCCAUUCAUCUCUUCGCCCAACGCCGGUCCUCAUUCUGAUUUCUGCUCGGAAUACUCGCCAUCACCACCCAGCCGACUGAAUUACCCUCAGUGCCCAUCUGUCGCAUUGCACAACCCCGUGACACUGAUUAUCAUGGAAAGCCUUAAAGCUGUCUUCUUUGGGCCAGACCCUCAGGCCCAGAUGAGGAAAUGCAAUGCUCUCAUUCGCCAAAAUACACGCCAGCUUGAUCGUGACCUCAUGCAACUCAAAGCUUUGGAUAGCAAGACCCGCCAGUAUAUCAUCAAUGCCUCCCGCCGUGCACAACGCAACCCGUCGCAGGCCAAACAAGCGAUAAGCGAGACCAAGACAUUUGCGAGGGAGCUCGUGCGGAUUCGGAAACAGACCACUCGUCUAUCUACAAGCCGGGCACAGCUACAGAGUGUUGGCAUGCAGGUCAAUGAAGCAUUCCAGGUUCGCAAGAUUCAAGGCAGUCUCCAAAAGUCGACGGCGAUCAUGAAGGACGUGAACAUAUUGGUACGCAUGCCCGAACUCACAUCUACGAUGCAUCAACUCUCGGCGGAGCUUGUCAAAGCCGGAAUCAUUGAGGAAUACGUGGACGACGCCUUGCCCGAUAAUUCAUUAUUCGAAGAUGAACUCGACGAGGCCGAAGAGGAAGUGGACAAGAUUCUUCAGGAGAUUCUACAGGGCAAGCUUUCCCAAGCCCCUGCCAACCCCAUUGCUCAGCCCAUUGACGAAACCCCCGUUGCUGCCGAGCCCGAGGAGGAGUUCGAGGACCAGGAGGCGACUCUCUCGCAGAUGCGCGAUCGCCUGGAAGCUCUCAAGAGCUAGUCUCUCGUAUGUCUUGUUCAUGUUCCAUUUCUGCAGUGGUUCGUUCGAAAGCGUCGUUUAUAUUUCUGUAGCCACAUAUAUGGCGUUUGCCAUUGGCAUUGAGCCCUUCUUUUCUUUUGGGACGGAGUUGGCGGGAGGUCAUUCCAUAGUCUUUGUUCGCAGGCUGCGCCUACAUAGAAUGAAACUAGUAAUUCUACCCCGA